AACGGCUUGCGUUACCACGGAAAUAUGAGCGGUUGUUGUAAGCCCCGCCAUUAACCUCGGAUAAAGAUCAUAAGAAACCUCGGUGGCCUUGUGGUUGUAUCAAAUACGUGAGGCAUGGCGGAGCUGCACGUUAUAGGACAGAUCGUGGGAGCCAGCGGCUUCCCCCAAAGUAGUCUAUUUUGCAAAUGGGGAGUUCACACCGGAGGAGCGUGGCGACUUCUCUCUGGGCUGAAGGAGGGUCAGACUCAAGUGGAUCUGCCCCAGACUGGAGACAUGGCCUACUGGAGUCAUCCGAUCGACCUGCACUACUCCACCAAGGGGCUCCAAGGCUGGCCGAAGCUGCAUCUACAGGUGUGGCACCAGGACUCGUUUGGCCGCUGCCAGCUGUACGGCUACGGCUACUGUCACAUCCCGUCCAGCCCCGGACACCACCACGUCCGUUGCGUGACCUGGAGGCCGCUCGGCUCUUGGCAGGAGCAGCUGGCGCAGAUCUUUGUCGGCGGCGGCCCUCAGCUGCGCACCCCAGACCUGAUUUACAGCGGGGCAGACAGAUACAGACUGCACACCGAGGCCAUGGGCACGGUGGAGCUGGAGCUGGGCAUCAUCAUGAGACACUUUGACAAAUAUGGCGUCGAGUAUUAACCGAUCAUCUGGUGAUGGAUUUGAUACCGUGCAGAUGGAAGCACAACUCUGUUCAGUACAAUGUUAUGUAUAUAUAUUUUUUCCAAGAGUGCUAUG